GGACUUCUGCGCCAGCCUUCGUCGGGUAUGGACGUCUCUCUCUCGCCUGAGUAUCAGUGACAAAUUUCCCCCGUCCUCACUGGGACGCUUAUCCUUGUUUAUUUUGCCCGCCGGGCACUCCACAGGAUGGACACCUGUACAUCCCCUUACUUUUAGCCAGCUCCAUUUUUUCCGCUCUGCGGAUAAUUCUUUAUCGGUCUUUGGUGGGAAGCCGGUUACUGAACUCAGGUGGGAGUGUGGGCGUCCCUCUCUGCUGGGGCUUGGCAAGGUGAUCCACCGGAUCUAAUUGGAAAUUUAAGUUUCUGUCUCUGUUUACAAAGGAACUUUUGUUACUUUUCUCUCAUCGUCCAGCCUUGGGCAACAAUUUUUCCUCGUACCAUCGAGAAGUCGGGCUCGAUACAGCGUGUGCUGUCAGUGGCCCUGAUAAACCCAACAAAGAAAGAAAGAAAGGAGUAAGUUUAUUCAGCCGCAGUAACAGCCUGGUUGAUCAGACCCUGAUCCACCACGAGGCUUGGUCUCAGACCGGGCAGCAGGGGCAUUGACCCCCGAAAGUCUCUCCAGGCAAAGUUACAUAAUGGACAGUAAAACAAAAAUUUAUGAUGCUCUUCCAAAAAUUAUCACAGAGCGUUCAUCAGAUUUAAUUAAUCUUCAAAGUGUGAAGGUGGAUGCCGAGUCAUCUAAACAGCAGUUGCGAGACCUUCUCGAAACUUAUGUGCCAAAGUGUGACAAAGACGACGUCGACAAUGAGGUAAGAAAAUACUUCUUGCUGACUGAUAAGAAGGCAAGACGAAGACCUCAUAAAUCCCUUAGGAAAAAAAACAUUCCAGGACGAGCACCACAUCGAGGGAAAAAACGUUUGACAGGUCGUGAGAGGCGAGAAUUGGGACUACAUAAGGUUGACCGUUCGAAUAAAACUUUCGAAAUGUUUUUACCCAUAAAUGAUAUUUGGAAGAAAUAUGCUGAAGCCCUCCUUGGUAUUACUCACUUUAUGGAGAGUGGCUGGACAGGUGGUGACAGGGACACCAAAACAGAAGCAGUGCAAAACAGAGUUCGAAAAAUUGACUAUUUUGGUUGUUUCAUGCGAGUUACCAAAUCAAGGUGUUCAGAAUACAUAGGCAUACAAGGAAUUGUCAUUAGGGAAACAAAGAAUACAUUUAUGAUGAUCUGUCCCAAUGAUAAAGUGAAAAUUAUUCCCAAAUUGCAUAGUGAAUUUAGUUUUGUUGUAGGUAAAGUUGGUUUUUCUGUCCUUGGUAAUCACUUGCAUCAGAGGUCAGCAGAAAGAGCAAAGCAUAAUUUCAAGAAGCUCAGUCUGUGGUUAUAAUUCAUUAUUUAUUUUUUUUUUUAUUAUCACACCGGCCGAUUCCCACCAAGGCAGGGUGGCCCGAAAAAGAAAAACUUUCACCAUCAUUCACUCCAUCACUGUCUUGCCAGAAGGGUGCUUUACACUACAGUUUUUAAACUGCAACAUUAACACCCC